GUCCGGAACGUUCAGGAAUAAAACUAAAAGCUGUCAAACGGGUCUCUACCUUUUCUGAGGUGAGGAAUGGAGUGCUCCAGGAACUCUAUCCUCUUCACAGAAAACGUUCUAACUUCUGCUAGGAUGUCUGUAAAACAAUAUUAAUUUAAAGAAACAUGGCGUCGCCGGUGAAAUUAAACGGAACCGAACUUUUGGAAGUUGACAUAUGCGACGUUGUAUGUUCCGAGGACGAAAGCGGCGUUUUCGUCAAUUGUGUAUCCGCCUUUCAGGAGGACUUCUCCGGCUUCCAGCGGUGGACAAACUCCACCGAGUCAACUUAUGACACAUCAUCGCCUCCGGGACAACAGGUCCCCUCCACCGGGGAGCACGGAGCUCCACCUGCCGCUGUUAGGACUAGCGCGGCAGGGGACAGUGACUCUGAGACCACGGGAGAUGGAGUCAAAUUCAUCAGGUCUAGGUCCAUAGUGGACUGUCUUUUGGUGGAGCUUUAUGAGACGUACAACGGUGGUAGCAGGAGGAAUUUGGACAGCUGGGAUAGCUCCACAGAGGCGUCCGGAUCUGAUGCUUUCCUCGGCCGCAGUAACUCCGGGUCCAGCUUCCUCCAGGAGCUCCAGGAGAAGCACACAAGGAGGCAUCAGAUGAACUACCUGGCACAGAAAGCCGCGGAGGAGCUGCUUUCAAUCAUCCAGGAGGUGAAAUAUCGUACGGGACUGCAGUCGGCCAAACUGCUCCGCCAGCUGAGGAGACGGGACCGACUGAACCACAAAGUGCAGAAAAACUACGACAUUAUCACCGCCUGCCUUCAGGCUGUCUCACAGAAACGACGAGUUGACACAAGGCUGAAGUUUACAAUUGAACCAUUGCUGGGAACGAAUGGAUUCCAGCAGUGGUACGACGCACUUAAAUCUGUGGCCAGGCUCCCUACAGGGAUACCAAAGGAAUGGAGAAAGAGGGUGUGGCUAACGCUAGCAGAACAGUACCUGCACACUAUCUCUAUAGACUGGGAUAAGACGCUUCGUUUCGCCUUCAACGAGCGCAGCAACCCUGACGAUGACUCGCUCGGCAUCCAAAUUGUCAAGGACCUGCACAGGACGGGCUGCAGUUCGUACUGCGGGCAGGAGGGGGAGCAGGACCGGGUGGUGCUGAAGAGGGUGCUGCUGGCCUACGCCCGCUGGAACAAAAGUGUGGGCUACUGCCAGGGAUUCAACGUACUGGCUGCGCUCAUACUGGAAGUUACAGAGGGCCACGAGAGCGAUGCACUGAAGGUGAUGAUCUAUCUGAUUGACAAAGUGCUGCCUGAGAGUUAUUUUGCCAACAACCUGCGAGCAUUGUCAGUGGACAUGGCGGUGUUCAGAGACCUGCUCCGCCUGAAGCUGCCCCGACUGUCACAGCAUCUCCACCAGCUUCAGAAAGCUGCCAACAAAGAGGCCGGAGGCAGCUACGAGCCUCCGCUGACCAACGUGUUCACGAUGCAGUGGUUCCUCACGAUGUUCGCCACCUGCCUGCCGGCGCCCACCGUGCUGAAGAUCUGGGACUCGGUGUUCUUCGAAGGCUCCGAGGUUCUGUUUCGAGUCGCACUCGCCAUCUGGGAGAGACUGGGAGAGAGGAUCGAGUACUGUCACUCAGCAGAUGAGUUUUACAGCACCAUGGGAUGUCUCACUCAGGAGAUGCUGGACCGCAACCUCAUCGAUCCUCCUGAACUCAUGCAGGAGGUUUACGCCAUGGCUGUGUUUCCAUUCCCUCAACUGGCUGAGCUGAGAGAGAAAUACACGUACAACAUCACUCCGUUCCCCACUUCAGUCAAAUCCAGUGGAAGUGGAGGUUUGGGCGGCUGGGAGAGUGAUGAUGAUGCCGAAAUGGACGAUGAAGACUCUGUGGUGACGGCGCUCGGCUGCCUCGGGCCCCUGGGUGGCCUGCUGGCCCCCGAGCUGCACAGAUAUCAGAGACACCUCAAAGACCAUCGAGGGGAGCAGGGGAACAUCGCAGAGCUGAGCCCAGGAGCGGUGGGCGCUGCCGGGGGAGCAGCAGGGGGAGGAGGAGGAGCCAGGGCGGAGCAUCAAGCAGCAAUCAACAGCAUGAUGAUGGAGAGGAUGAGCACCGACAUCUGCGCCCUGAAGAAGCAAUACACACGCAUCAAAAGGAGGCAGCAGCAACAGGCUAUGCAACUCUACAUACGCACAGAAAAGUGCCCAGCCACCCGUGUACUGCCCUCCCAACUCAACCCUUCGAGCACCGUCAUCAAUCACCUCCUUUUGGGUCGGAAACCGCGCAGAGACCCCCGGGGCUCUAGACCCACCUCACCUAGCACCUCCACCCUACCGGUGUCUGGACCCUCUUCCCUGUCCCAGAGUCAGGGCUCCCCGACCAUGCAGCGCUGUGCCUCGAUGCUCUCCAACAGUACAGGAUCUCCAGGGAGCUGUGGAGGAGGCUCGGGGUCUCCCUGGCGCGCUCAUGUCCGGGUCCAUCGAAGGAAUAUAGCCAUGGCUCGAGAACAGCUGGGCUUCGGAGAUUCAGAGGAAAGGGAAAAUGAAGAGAGUGAAGAGGAGAGGAAGAUGGAGGAAAAUGAGGGAGUUGAUGAUGAGCUGAAAGAGGGGAGCGACUCCUUGGUGUCUCCUGAUCCCUCUGGUUCAGUGUGUGAGGAGGCUCCACAGGUGGCAGAUGAGACAGAAGUUGCAGAGGUGGUGGUGCAGCUGGACUUCCUGGAUCUAGAGGACGAACCAAAUCUGACCUCCCCCGACGACGCAGAUUCACAACCCACAUCACCAGAGUCUGAACCUGCACCACAAGUUCCUCUUCUCCCUCCUCCACCAUCCUUAAAAAGACACCAGGAGUCCGACUCGUCAGGUUCAGAAAGAAGCUCUGACAGACACUUUACUUUACCUCCACCUCACCACUCCUUCAACUCCUCACCCUCCACCCUGAGUCCGUCCCCCUCUCCGGUCCCCACAUUGGCCUCUCUUGCCCCGUCUAGCUCAUCCUCUCCUACGCCACCUUCCACCCCAGUGCCAAGCUCCACAUCCUGCCUCCGAUCUUCCCUUGCAGCUAACGACUUCUCUUCCACCUUUUACAAAACUUCCUCCCCCUCCACUCCCUCACUUUCCUCCAUCUCUUCAUCAUCAAGAUCUCAUUUAUCCUCCUCCCCGUCAACCCCAGCGUUAUCCUCCACCCCUAAACAGCAGGUCUAUUCCCCAUUCCCAAGCGUGAAGCAGCCAAGAAAAUCAGCAGCUGCCAGAAACCUCGGCCUCUACGGACCUACAUCCAGAACACCAACAGUACACUUCCCCCAGCUCAGCCUCAACCGCAGCAGUGCUGCUGGCACCACAGGGGCCCGAUGAAGACCUCCGCACUCCUGAACUGAUGCCACAAACACAGUCAUUAAGUAAUAUGAACAAUCAUUAUUUAACUACACCGUGUUGCCUCCUGCAUAUGAGUUCACCCAUAUCUUAGCUGAAGAUAGAACGUUAUAGACAUGUAGAGUUCAAAUGUGCCCAGAAUUGCUUGAUUAUUGCUGUUGAAAUGUGAAGAUUAUAUUUCCCCUGAUAAAGGGGUUAUCCUGAAACAACAAGCCAUUGCAGAUAAAUGUUAAAGAAGUAAUUGACUUUGUCUCUUCAAAAGUGGUUUGUACUCCUAUAGAAAAGGAUUCUCCCUGGACUGGAACACAAAGAAUGUGAGAAAUGCUACCUUCUACACUCUUAUUGACAUGUGGCAUCAUGAUGAAGAACACUCUUUUCUUAUCUGAAAACACAAUAGCCAUACAGUUGUUCUAUGCCAAGUAUUUCAAGAGAUACCUAAAAAUGGCUGUUAAUGAAGAAUCAAGGUUCUUUAUUUGUCAAACGAAUAAUGAAUAUGUAAUGUUUGUGUGCCCAAAAAAAACACUUCCAGUCUUAAAAUGUUUGUUUUUCUUAAGCACUAAACAUUGUUUCUUUCUUCACUCGGUCUGUAACUUGGUUGUUUACCAUAAAGCAUGUAAUAUAUCUCUGUCAAUAACGAAAUAAAAUAAUGAAGUGUGAAUUAAUGAAUGUUA